UACCGAUCUGUUUACCACAGUAAAGAGCCACAUAGCUUUACGCAUUGCUUACUGGAACUGAAGUACAUAUUCUUCUUGACAUGGCAUAUAACCAAAUGCAUCAGCUUUUAUAUAUUAAUCACAUUUUGGGUAAGAACUAGAAACUACCAGUAUGAUUCUGCAACAUAUGGAUAACACCACAGUAUUGGAUGGUAAUAACACGGCUCCUCAGAACAAUGGCACCAUCAAUAUAGACCACAUCGAAGAGAUCAUCAGAUGGAUCACAUUUGCUGUUGGGCUUCCUGGCAUCGGCUUUUCUAUCUACCUCAUGGGCAUGCAAGCAAAAACUGGCAAGGCUGCUCCCGUCUACCUAAUAAGCCUUCUCGCAUCAGAUAUCUUCAACAUACUCGGCCGGCCAAAGGCAUCUGCGGGAGACGCUCAGAAAACCAGUGUGAUGAGUACAGACAUAUCCUCCCUGAUAUUCUACUUUGGGAUCAUAUCCAACAUCGUGUUCAUGGUCUGUGUUGCUCAGGACCGAUAUCUGUUGGUAACCUGUCCACAAUAUAAUGCCUUCUGCGUGAAACUCAAGCAGUCGAGCAUGAUUUCAUUGGCCGUGUGGGCAGCUCCAUUUGCAAUACUUUUCCUGGCUUACCAAGGAUAUGUCGUCUUAUUCUCCAUAGCUCUUCUUCUCCCACUACCAUUCCUGGGGUUUUUCUUUUUGGAUUCCUUUAGAGCCUUGUGGUGUGCAAGACGGCAAGCACCUGUGACUAACAGAAACAAGAUUCUGGGUAUGCAGGCGGUCAUCUUGUGUAAUUACAGUAUGCUUUACCUUCCCUUUAUCCUAAAUACUCUGCUCAAAGCAUUGGCUUUAAGCUCCUAUGUAUACUACUUGGGACUUGUAUCUGAUCUUCUUCUCUAUCUUGGCCCACUGGUGGACCCCUUCCUCUCAAUCUUCCUUACAAAUGGAAUGGGUGACAUUUUGAAGGCCUUUCCCUGCUGUGCAAGGACAAACACACAGGAGGAAACUGACUCUGUGAAUACAGACACUGUGGAAACAGUAUCUGGGAUCUUAACUCAGCUCUGAGAAAAUUCAAAUUUAACUAAUAAGAGUUAAUUUUGAUUGUUAGCAUUUUACAGCUUUGUAAUAGUUCACCCAAAAAUGUCUUAAUUUACUCAUCUCUCACCAAACAUGUAUAAUUUUCUCUCUUUUUUUGUGGAAAACAAAAUACAUUUUGAGAAGAUUUUGUUUGUUUGUUGUUUUGUUUUAGGGUGCUUUCACACUUGUUCGCUUGCCUGGUCCGAACCUGAGUUCGAUUGUUCCCCCUCCCACUGGUCAGUGUUGCCAACUUAGCAAUUUUGUUGCUAAAUUUAGCAACUUUUCAGACUACCCUAGCAACUUUUUCUUCCAAAAGCACCUAGCAACAAAUUUAGCUAUUUUUUUAUAUUUAUUUGGCAACUUUUAGCAACUUUUGAUAAGUGACUCAAACAAUAAAAAGGCAUGCAUUUUCCAUCUAAAUUACAUAAAGAGGAAAUUAAAGAUGCUUAGCAGUACACACAUCUUUUAACAU